UUCGCACAAAAAAUUGGGAACACCUGAUUCUGUAGACUUGUCACUCACGUUGUGAGGGUUUAUGUAAAGCAAAAAUGCAAAGGGUUUUGAAGGCUCGCCAGCUCGUUAGGGCUUUGAGAAACUCGUCGUCUCCGAUUCUGCUCAACUCAGUGUCACGAAUUCAAUCUCAUUGUACCUAUGAAGCUACUGAAUCAUGUCUCAACUCUUCUUCAUGGCGUGGUUACUUUACCUCUGGUACUACAAUUAAUGGAAAUUAUAUGCAAACAGAAUGCAAUAUUCGGAGAAAUGUAUGUCAAUGUGAGAAAUGCUCUAGGAUGCUCAAGGCAUCAUUUUCUACAGAAGCAGGGGCAGUUGAAAGCAGUAGUGCGACAGAGUCCGUGAAGGAAUUGUAUGAUAAGAUGCUGAAAUCUGUCGUGGAACAAAGAUCUGCUCCGCCAAAUGCCUGGUUGUGGUCCCUAAUACAAAGUUGUGCGAACCAUGAAGAUGUUAAUCUUUUACACGACAUUUUGCAGAGACUUCGGAUAUUUAGACUUUCAAAUCUCCGUAUCCAUGAAAACUUCAACUGUGCCCUCUGCCAGGACAUUACAAAGGCGUGUGUACGUGUUGGCGCCAUUGACUUGGGUAAGAAGGUGUUGUGGAAGCAUAAUGUGUACGGAUUGACUCCUAAUAUUGGAUCUGCUCACCAUUUACUGUUGUUUGCUAAACAGCAUAACGAUGUUAAACUCUUGGUAGAAAUUAUGAGACUGGUGAAGAAGAAUGAUUUGAACCUGCAGCCUGGAACUGCAGAAAUUGUCUUCAGCAUUUGCUCCCAAACUGAUAACUGGGACUUGAUGUGUAAGUAUGGUAAAAGGUUUGUCAAAGCAGGAGUGAAGCUACGAAAGAUUUCCUUGGAGACUUGGAUGGAAUUUGCAUCAAAAAUCGGAGACGUGGAUGCUUUGUGGAAAAUUGAGAAGAUACGAUCAGAAUCCAUGAAGGAACAUACUCUUGCAAGUGGACUUUCAUGUGCUAAGGCUUUCCUAAUUAAUCACAAACCUGGAGAUGCUGCUGCCAUCAUUCAAUUACUCAAUCAGACAAUACCGGAUUCGAGAAGGCAAAAUUUCAUGGUUGAACUUCAAAAGCUAGUUACGGACUGGCCUUUGGAGGUGAUAAAGCGUCAAAAGGAUGAGAAGAGGAAGGAGCUUGCUGCAACACUACAACAUGAUAUUCCUGCGAUGCUCAAUGCGUUGCCAAAUAUGGGCUUGAACUUGGAUGUAAAUUUGGGAGAUCUAACAAGAAAGGAAGGUGUCUUAUCUUGACAUUUGGGUGAAUAAAACGUCAAACUUCAUGUUGGCCCUUCACUGUGUAUUUUGCAUUACGGAGGAGCAGCCAUCUCAGUUUACUGCCUUCAGGAAUAUCUCCACAUGUUUCAGUCUUCGCAACUGUGCUGCAACCGUGCUUGAAGGUAGCCUCAGAAUCCUCACAAUUACUAUUUAGCUUGAGUGAGGAUUCUUAUGAAUCCAACACAUUGAAUUACCAUUCUCAUUAAUUGACGUCCGUAAUUUCUGCUGAAUCAUAUAUUGAUGGGGGUUUCAGCUAGUUCAGAGUCCUUUAUUCCCAUUUUAGGUGUUCUGAGAUGGGGCUGACACUGCAGAAAGAAGCAGUCAGAAGUUUUUGUUUGGAAUCCUAGAUAUCUUUAUCUUUACAUAGUUAAUGAUCUAUUUUGCACUAGAAAACAUGAUUGUCCCUGCAAUAAAACUAGAAGCUAUUUUUUCAGUGGUAUGUUUUUUUACUAGACUGGGAGUCGUAGACUUAACCUUUUAUCCAUAAAUUUAAAGUUGCUGUUUUGUA